AUGGGUGAUACAUACCAUACUUUAGGAGAAUAUCGUAAGGCCAUUGACUAUCAUAAACAGCAUUUAGAAUUAAGCACUGCUAUUGGCGAUCGAUCAGGAAUAGCAAAAAGCAAUGCCAAUUUGGGCAAUGCCUAUGAGGGUUUAGGACAAUAUCAGAAGGCCACUGACUAUCACAAAAAAGAUCUAGAAAUAAGCACUGCUAUUGGCGAUCGGUCAGGAAUAGCAAGAAGCAAUGGCAAUUUGGGCAAUGCCUAUCAUAGUUUAGCAGAAUAUCAGAAGGCCAUUCACUAUCAUAAAAAGGAUCUAGACAUAAGCACUGCUAUUGGCGAUCGAUCAGGAAUAGCAAGAAGCAAUUGCCAUUUAGGCUAUGCCUAUGAUAGUUUAGGAGAAUAUCAGAAGGCCAUUGACUAUCACAAAAAAGAUCUAGAAAUAAGCACUGCUACUGGCGAUCGAUCAAGAAUAGCAAGCAGCAAUGCCAAUUUGGGCAAUGCCUACGAUAGUUUAGGAGAAUAUCAGAAGGCCAUUGACAAUCACAAAAAAGAUCUAGAAAUAAGCACUGCUAUUGGUGAUCGAUCAGGAAUAGCAAGAAGCAAUGGCAAUUUGGGCAACACCUAUCAUAGGUUAGGAGAUUAUGAGAAGGCCAUUGACUAUCACGAAAAAAAUCUAGAAAUAAGCACUGCUAUUGGCGAUCGAUCAGGAAUAGCAAGAAGCAAUGGCAAUUUGGGCAAUGCCUACGAUAGUUUAGGAGAAUAUCAGAAGGCCAUUGACUAUCACAAAAAAUAUCUAGAAAUAAGCACUGCUAUUGGCGAUCGAUCAGGAAUAGCAAGAAGCAAUGGCAAUUUGGGCAACACCUAUCAUAGGUUAGGAGAUUAUGAGAAGGCCAUUGACUAUCACGAAAAAAAUCUAGAAAUAAGCACUACUAUUGGCGAUCGAUCAGGAAUAGCAAGAAGCAAUGGCAAUUUGGGCAAUGCCUACGAUAGUUUAGGAGAAUAUCAGAAGGCCAUUGACUAUCACAAAAAAUAUCUAGAAAUAAGCACUGCUAUUGGCGAUCGAUCAGGAAUAGCAAGAAGCAAUGGCAAUUUGGGCAACACCUAUCAUAGGUUAGGAGAUUAUGAGGAGGCCAUUGACUAUCACGAAAAAAAUCUAGAAAUAAGCACUGCUAUUGGCGAUCGAUCAGGAAUAGCCAGAAGCAAUGGCAAUUUGGGCAAUGCCUACGAUAGUUUAGGAGAAUAUCAGAAGGCCAUUGACUAUCACAAAAAAUAUCUAGAAAUAAGCACUGCUAUUGGCGAUCGAUCAGGAAUAGCAAGAAGCAAUGGCAAUUUGGGCAACACCUAUCAUAGGUUAGGAGAUUAUGAGGAGGCCAUUGACUAUCACGAAAAAAAUCUAGAAAUAAGCACUGCUAUUGGCGAUCGAUCAGGAAUAGCCAGAAGCAAUGGCAAUUUGGGCAAUGCCUACGAUAGUUUAGGAGAAUAUCAGAAGGCCAUUGACUAUCACAAAAAAUAUCUAGAAAUAAGCACUGCUAUUGGCGAUCGAUCAGGAAUAGCAAGAAGCAAUGGCAAUUUGGGCAACACCUAUCAUAGGUUAGGAGAUUUUGAGGAGGCCAUUGACUAUCACGAAAAAAAUCUAGAAAUAAGCACUGCUAUUGGCGAUCGAUCAGGAAUAGCAAGAAGCAAUGGUAAUUUGGGCAAUGCCUAUGAUAGUUUAGGAGAAUAUCAGCAGGCUAUUGGCUAUCACAAAAAAAAUCUAGAAAUAAGUACCACUAUUGGCGAUUUAUCAGGAAUAGCAAGAAGCAAUGGCAAUUUGGGCAAUGCCUAUCAUAGUUUAGGAGAAUACCAGGAGACCAUUGACUAUCACAAAAAAGAUCUAGAAAUAAGCACUGCUAUAGGCGAUCGAUUUGGAAUGGCAAGAAGCAAUGGCAAUUUGGGCGAUGCCAGUUAUAGUUUAGGAGAAUAUCAGAAGGCCAUUGACUAUCACAAAAAAGAUCUAGAAAUAAGCACUGCUAUUGGCGAUCAAUCACGAAUAGCAAGAAGCAAUUGCAAUUUGGGCAAUGCCUAUGAUAGUUUAGGAGAAUAUCAGAAGGCCAUUGAAUAUCACAAAAAAGAUCUAGAAAUCAGCACUGCUAUUGGCGAUCGAUCAGGAAUAGCAAGAAGCAAUGGCAAUUUGGGCAUUGCCUGUCAUAGUUUAGGAGAAUAUCAGAAGGCCAUUGACUAUCACAAAAAAGAUCUAGAAAUAAGCACUGCUAUUGGCGAUCGAUCAGGAAUAGCAAGAAGCAAUAGCAAUUUGGGCAAUGCCUAUCAUAGUUUAGGAGAAUAUCAAAAGGCCAUUGACUAUCACAAAAAAGAUCUAGAGAUAAGCACUGCUAUUGGCAAUCCAGCAGGAAUAGCAAGAAGCAAUGGCAAUUUGGGCAAUGCUUAUCAUAGUUUAGGAGAAUAUCAGAAGGCCAUUGACUAUCACAAAAAAGAUCUGGAAAUAAGCACUGCUAUUGGCGAUCAAUCAGGAAUAGCAAGAAGCAAUGGGAAUUUGGGCAAUGCCUAUGAUUGUUUAGGAGAAUAUCAGAAGGCCAUUGACUAUCACAAAAAAGAUCUAGAAAUAAGCACUGCUAUUGGCAAUCGAUCCGGAAUAGCAAGAAGCAAUGGGAAUUUGGGCAAUGCCUAUCAUAGUUUAGGAGAAUAUCAGAAGGCCAUUGACUAUCACGAAAAAAAUCUGAAAAUAAGCACUGCUAUUGGCAGUCGAUCAGGAAUAGCAAAAAGCAAUGCCAAUUUGGGCAAUGCCUAUGAUUGUUUAGGAGAAUAUCAGAAGGCCAUUGACUAUCACAAAAAAGAUCUAGAAAUUAGCACUGGUAUUGGCGAUCGAUCAGGAAUAGCAAAAAGCAAUGGCAAUUUGGGCAAUGCCUAUCACAGUUUAGGGGAAUAUCACAAGGCCAUUGACUAUCACAAAAAAGAUCUUGAAAUAAGCACUGCUAUUGGCGAUCGUUCAGGAAUAGCAAGCAGCAAUGGCAAUUUAGGCAAUGCCUAUGAUAGUUUAGGAGAAUAUCAGAAGGCCAUUGACUAUCACAAAAAAGAUCUAGAAAUAAGCAACGCUAUUGGCGAUCGAUCAGGAAUAGCAAAAAGCAAUGGCAAUUUGGGCAAUGCGUAUGAUAGUUUAGGAGAAUAUCAGAGGGCCAUUGAUUAUCAUAAAAAAGACCUAGAAAUAUGCACUGCUAUUGGCGAUCGGUCAGGAAUAGCAAGCGGCAGUGCCAAUUUGGGCAAUGCCUAUCAUAGUUUAGGAGAAUAUCAAAAGGCUAUUGAAUAUCACAAAAAAGAUCUUGAAAUGAGCACUGCUAUGGGCGAUCGAUCAGGAAUAGCAAGAAGCAAUGGCAAUUUGGGCAAUGCCUAUGAUAGUUUAGGAGAAUAUCAGAAGGCCGUUGGCUAUCACGAAAAAGAUCUAGAAAUAAGCACUGCUAUUGGCGAUCAAUCAGGAAUAGCAAAAAGCAGUGCCAAUUUGGGCAAUGCCUAUGAAAGUUUAGGAGAAUAUCAGAAGGCCAUUGACUAUCACAAAAAAGAUCUAGAAAUAAGCACUGCUAUUGGCGAUCGAUCUGGAAUAGCAAAAAGCAAUGGAAAUUUGGGCAAUGCCUAUGAUAGUUUAGGAGAAUAUCAGAAGGCCAUUGAUUAUCACAAAAAAGAUCUUAAAAUAAGCACUGCUAUUGGCGAUCUGUCUGGAAUAGCAGGCAGCAAUGCCAAUUUGGGCAAUGCCUAUCAUAGUUUAUGAGACUAUCAGAAGGCCAUUGACUAUCACAAAAAAGAUCUAGAAAUAAGCACUGCUAUUUGUGAUCGAUCAGGAAUAGCAAAAUGCAAUGCCAAUUUGGGCAAUGCCUAUCAUAGUUUAGGAAAAUAUCAGAAGGUCGUUGACUAUCAGAAAAAAGAUGUAGAAAUAAGCACUGAUAUUGACGAUCGG